AUGUGCGCCAGCACCGCGUGGAAGCCCCAGAGCAGCGGCCACCGGCACGGCCCCAUGGCUGGGGCUCAGCGGAGCCCCCCGGCCCCCGGCGGCCCCCCCGACCGGCCCGGGGGGCUCAUGGCGGGCAGGGACCCCGAGCUGCCCGGAGCCGGCCCCGCGCUCUGCCGCCCGUUCUCCUCCCUCGGCGAUGCCGGAGCAGACGUCACCGGCUCCAAACGCUGUUCAGCGGCUGGCGCUGCCCGGAGCCCCCCCGCCCGCCCCCGCGCUCCCGCACGGGCGGCAGCGCUGCCCGGAGCCCCCCGACCUGAGCGCCGAGGGGAUCCCGCACCGAGCCCCGAGGGGACCCCCGCGCCCCGGCCCCUCGGGCUGGCCGUGAUGCAAGCGCAUCCUGAUGGGAAGCCAUGGCAACGGGAACGGGAAUUUUCCUGCCCGUAUCCCCCUCCCCGCGGCCCCUCGGCGGCCGGGGGGAACAGCGCGCCCGCGGCGUCCCCCAAUCCCGCAGUGCCCAGCCCCCCCUGGGCCAUGGGCAACGAUGACCUUCCCCUUCCCCAGCCCGCGGGGAGGUGUGGGGAGAGCCGGUCCCCGUCCCCUCUGCUCCGGUUGGGACGCGCUGCCUGCGAGAACCGGGCGAGAGCCGCGCAGGGCUCGCGGUAUGAAGCGCCGCCGGCCCGUGCCUCAGUUUCCCCCACCACACCCCCCGGUCCCGGCGUGGGGGACGAGUCCGCUGGGUCGCGGCUGGAGCUGCGUGUCCAGGAACUGUCCCCCGGCCCCACCAUCAGUGACCCCUCUGUCCCCGCGGGUGCCGGUGCCGCCGGUGGGUGCCGGGGUUCGGAACCGGUGCCGCCCGGGGGCUCGGAGCGGGUCCCGCCCGUGGGUGCCGGGGCUCGGAGCGGGUCCCGGUGCUCGGAGCGGGUCCCGCCCGUGGGUGCCGGAGCCACCCUUGGGUGCCGUGUCACCGGCGCGUGCGGGAGCUCGGAGCGGCUCCCGGUGCUCGGAGCGUGUCCCCGCGGGUCCCCGUGGCCCCUCCACUCGCGGUCGGGGGGCUCGGGGGCGCGGCCUCCGCACCGGGGCGGGACCAUAACCACCGGGAGAGGCGGGACCGGCACCGGGGGGCGCGGCCAGCGGCGGAAGCGCGGGGGCGGGGCGCUGGCGGCGGCGGCGGCGGCGGCGGCGUGGGGGGGGGGCGCCGCGGCCGUGCGAGGGCGGCGGCGGCGGCCGCCGGUCCCGGUGCGGUCCCGGUCCCCGCGGGCCAUGCGGCGGCCGUAG